AAAAAAAUUACCCACCAUUAUUCCCGUCACUAUUUUUUGAAGCUUCAUAUUAAAUGCUUGUCAGCUAUCAUAUUUAAUACGACACAGUUGUUAGGUUGGAUCCAUUAAGGCGAGUGUUUUGUAAUUAUCUAUUUCUAUAAUUUUUUGAUUGGCCAUGGAGGAUUCAGAGACUCCAGUACAUGUUUCUUCAACUUUUAUUUGAUGUCUGUUGAAGUUAAAAAUAAAACUAUUUGCUUUGUAACCUCCAACGUGCAAGCUUUCAUUCGUAUUUCUGUGAUGGGACAAAGGUUUGGUUGCCAAUUGAUAUGAACCAACAUGGUUUGUAACUCCGGCAAAUUUGUGGCUCUCCUUGAGCUGUUUAGAGAACGAUAUCAGCUGGAUUUUGUUUUCUCUGCAAGUUCAGAAACUGAGAUCACGACAAGCAAAGCUGUGAAGUUUCUUCAAGUUUGAAGCCUUUUAUAUGUUAUUUGGUUCUUUAGAAAUGGGUCUAAAAUUUCAAGUGUUUGUGCUGUGUCUGUCAAUCCUGUUUUUUACCAUAGCAGCUACAACUAACUCACGUGAUGCUGCUGCUCUAAAUUCUCUAAAGGAUAUCUGGAAGAAUUUUCCACCUAGUUGGCGGGCCUCAGAUCCUUGUGAAGAUUGGGUAGGAAUUCGGUGCAGUAACUCACGUGUGAUUUCCAUAACAUUACCAAGCAUGAAAUUGUCGGGUCCUCUGUCCGGAGACAUCACAACUUUAUCGGAAUUACAAAUUCUGGACUUAUCCUACAACAAGGACCUCACAGGAUCUCUUCCAACAACAAUUGGGGAUUUGAAGAAUCUGACGAGCUUAAUCUUGGUAGGAUGCGGUUUGUCUGGGCCAAUUCCUGACUCUAUUGGACAUCUAUCGAAGCUGGUCUAUCUAUCUCUAAAUUCUAAUAGUUUCAUUGGACCAAUUCCACGUACUAUCGGUAAUCUGGCUGAACUUUAUUGGCUCGAUCUAGCUGAUAACAAACUUACCGGGACAAUCCCAGUCUCUAGUGGAAAAUCACCGGGCUUGGACAUGCUAGUUCAUACUAAGCACUUUCAUCUUGGAAAGAAUCAACUCUCAGGCACAAUCCCAGAACAACUUUUCAGCUCAAACAUGGUUUUGAUACAUGUGCUAUUUGACAGCAACAGCCUCACUGGCACGCUUCCUACCUCCCUUGGACUUGUGCAAACUUUGGAGGUCGUACGAUUUGAUAGGAAUCAAUUGAAUGGACCUGUUCCUUCAAACCUCAACAAUCUUUCGAAUGUUAAUGAGCUGUUUUUGUCCAACAAUAAAAUUACUGGUUCCAUACCUGACCUUUCUGGCUUGAACUCCCUCAACUACUUGGACAUGAGUAAUAACAGUUUUGAUCCAUCCGAUUUUCCUACAUGGUUUUCAACAUUGCAGUCGUUGACAACAUGGAUGAUGGACAAGACUCAACUGCAAGGUCAAGUUCCUCCUGAAUUUUUCAGCCUUCCCCAUCUACAGACCGUGGUAAUGAGAAACAACCAGCUUAAUGGCUCCAUGAAUAUAAGCAACAACCAUAGCAACCAGCUGAAAUUAGUUGAUUUAACGGGAAAUCAAAUUUCUAGUAUCGUGACAACAAUAGGAGCAGACGAUGUUGAUUUCAUACUUCAGAGUAACCCACUUUGUGAGGAAUCAGGUGAAACAAAAGAUUUCUGCAUACCUGAAGUAGAGAUUUCCCCUUAUUCAACACAAUCCAACAAUUGUAUUCCUGGUCCCUGCAGCUCAGCUCAGAUUUCAAGCCCCAACUGUCAUUGUGCUUACCCAUAUACAGGAACUCUAGCCUUCAGAGCACCUCCCUUUUCAGACUUGGAAAACUUCACUUACUUCACAACACUUGAGGAACAUAUGGUGCGAACUUUUCAGUCUUAUCAACUUCCUGUGGAUUCAAUUUCUCUGAGUAAACCGCACAAGGAUUCAAAUGAGUACCUCAAUUUGACCCUUCGAGUAUUUCCCCCAUAUGAUAAGGAUAGUUUUAAUCGAACAGGAGUUUCUAGUCUUGGAUUUGUCCUUAGCAACCAGACUUACAAGCCUCCACAUGGUUAUGGACCUUACAUCUUUAUGGCUGAGGACUAUCAGCACUUUGCCGGAGAAUCCAGAUCAAAGAAGUCGACAAACAUUGGCAUUAUCAUUGGAGCAGCAGCUGGUGGUUGUGUCCUUCUGUUACUUUUGAUCUUUGUCGGGGUUUAUGCACAUCAUCAAAAGAAGAUAGCACAGAAAGCAAAUAAACAGAACCCUUUUGCUCACUGGGACCAAACCAAGAGCAGUGGUAACAUUCCUCAACUGAAAGGCGCAAGAUGCUUUUCCUUUGAAGAGGUUAAUAAAUACACAAACCAUUUUUCAGAAGCCAACGUUAUUGGAUCUGGCGGUUAUGGGAAGGUUUAUAAAGGAACUCUUCCCACUGGAGAACUGGUUGCCGUUAAACGGGCUCAACAAGGAUCUAUUCAAGGUGGGCAGGAAUUCAAAACUGAGAUAGAACUUCUAUCUAGAGUACAUCAUAAAAAUCUUGUUGGCCUUUAUGGAUUUUGCUUUGAACGAGGUGAACAAAUGCUGAUAUAUGAGUAUGUUCCAAAUGGCUCUCUGAAGGAUAGUUUAUCAGGAAAGACUGGAAUCAGAAUGGAUUGGUUACGAAGACUUAAAAUAACCCUUGGAGCAGCCAGAGGCCUAGCAUAUCUGCAUGAGCUUGCAGACCCUCCAAUUAUACACAGGGAUAUCAAAUCAACAAACAUACUAUUAGAUGAACGGUUAAUUGCAAAAGUUGCUGAUUUUGGUCUGUCUAGAGCCAUGAUUGAUCCUGAUAAGGGUCAUGUCUCUACUCAAGUUAAGGGGACAAUGGGUUACUUGGAUCCUGAAUAUUACAUGACACAGCAAUUGACUGAAAAGAGUGAUGUUUAUAGCUUUGGAGUGCUGAUGUUGGAGCUAAUAACAGGAAGAAGGCCGAUAGAGCGAGGCAAGUACAUUGUGAGAGAGAUAAAGACUGUAAUGGAUAAGAAUAAAGAUCUGUAUAAUUUGUAUGAACUUCUUGACCCAACCAUUGGUUUGGGCACAACACUGAAAGGUUUUGGAAAUUAUGUGGAUGUGGCAAUGAGUUGUGUUCAAGAAUCAGGAGCUGACAGGCCUACAAUGAGUGAAGUGGUGAAGGAGAUCGAGAAUAUUUUGCAGAUUGCUGGUCUGAAUCCUAAUGCAGAAUCGUCAUCCACUUCAGCAAGUUACGAUGAUGCUAGUAAAGAUACUUUCAAGCACCCGUAUGGCAAUGAUGUCGAGGCUUUCGAAUAUAGCGGUGGCUUUCUUCCUUCAAAGGUGGAGCCUCAAUGAAUAUUAUUUGAAGUGUUGAAUGUCAAACUUGGUAAGAAAUGGAUGUUCCGAAGUUUGGCAUUUACCUUGGGUAGAGGAUACAAUCUGGUUUGGAUCAACAUUGUUGUUUGUACUAAAUGACUAGAAAUGCAAUUUGAGAUCUUUGGUUGUGAAUUUAUGACAAAAAAUCUGUGUAUAAUAUGAGAUGAGAAUUUAUACUUUCA